AUGUAUAAUGAAGAAGAAGUGGCUAUUAAACUUGGAAUUGUUGGAAACUAAGCGGUAGGCAAGACAUCCCUAAUUUUGAGAGUAGCUGAGAAAAAAUUUUGUGGAAAUUAGAAUUGUGGAGUUGCUUUGGAUUUUAGAUCGAUAAGAAAUUACAAGCUAAAUGGAAAACUUGUUAAUCUCAAUAUUUUCGAUGUGGCUGGUCAUGCUAGAAAUUCUGAUUUAGCACUUUCAUUUAUAAAAGGUGCUUCUGCAUUGAUUCUGGCAUUCAGCUUAAAAGACUAGGAAUACUAUGAGAAUUAAGGAGAUUAAUAAACUGAAAAACUCGAGUUACAAAUUCAACAUUGGACUGAUAAAAUUAUUGAAAAUUCUUGUGAAAACAUUCCUGUUCUUAUUGUGGGAUGCCAGCUUGAUUUGGUUCAAGAUUAAGAGAGAUUAAUUCCAGCCCUUGAUGAGAAAUUAUAAGAAAUUCUAAAAUCUUGUAAAAAACUCAACAUAAUCAACAACACAGAAAAAAACAUGAUCUUCUUUCCAACUUCGGCUCUUACAGGUUAAGGAGUUGAUAAGUUAUUCUAAAUAUGGACUUUAGAAGCUGCUAAAACCUAACAAUUUCGUGGAUCAACUCUCAAAACGAAAUCUCAUUUGAAGAAGCAAAAUUAGAAAGAUUAAUGUUGUUGA